GGGAGGACGAUUUUCCUCCGACGCCAUCGCCAGCGCCACUUGCGAUCCCGCAACGCACGCUCACUCACUUCUCACAGGCCUUGCGCAGAUCACAUGCCCUUUUCCUUGGAUUGAUUGGCUCCCCUGUCAACCGUUUCAUCACCGAUUCAGAGACAGACCUCGUCGUUCUCUUGUUGCUGUUGUUGUAGUUGUUUUUAUUGUUAUUUUUUUCUCUGGGGGAGUGCGGGCUUAUUGUAUGUAGAGGGAGUAGUGGCGGGAGGGAGGGGGAUUUGGAGUUUUGCUGGGUGCGGGAGCCAUGGAUCAGAGCUCGUUGGAGGCCGUGGUGGUGAGGCUGGAGCAAGCAGUGUCGAGGCUGGAGACAUUGGGGUCCAGAGCUACGUCCAGCUCGGCCGAUCGGGGGAUUUCUUCGCUCGUCGGUUUCGCGGACCCGGGCGCGUCUCAGCCUGCUGGAUCGGCCAGUCAUCUUUCCGUUGAGGCGUUUGAUGAAUUAGUGCAGGCUAGGGUUGGUAGGGUGCUCGCCGCGGCGGAUAAGAUCGGUGGUGGCGUUCUGCAGACGUCGCAGGUGUUGCAGCGGGCUUUCGAUGCUGAGAAGGCUAUUGUGCGCGCCAUUUCUCAGUGCAAGCGGCCAGAUCCAGCAGCAUUGCAAAAGGUUGUCCAGCCACUGGUUGACGCUCUUACCAAGGCACAUGGAUUGACUGAGGGCAAGAGGACGGAAGCUUUCAAUCAUCAGAAGGCUGUUGCUGAAAGUCUGUUGGCCCUUAGUUGGGUCUGCUACGCCGGCAAAGAUUGUGGUAUGAGUCUUCCAGGUCCACAUGUGGAGGAAAGCUGGCAAUCUGCUGAAUACUACAACAACAAGGUUCUUGUGGAGUACAAGGGCAAGGAUGCUAAUCACGUUGAGUGGGCGCGUGCCUUGAAGGAGCUCUACCUGCCAGGCUUACGUGACUAUGUUAAGCAGUUUCAUACCACCGGACCUUCCUGGAAUACCACUGGUGUUGAUUUAUCUACUUGGUCUCCUGGGAGUCCAGAGUCUGCCAAGAAGACAAGUGCACCUCCACCUCCUCCUCGAGGGCCACCACCUCCUCCUCCAAGAGGACCACCACCACCUCCUCCACCUGGUUCACUUGCCCCACCCUUAUCUGGUGCUUCAAGUUCUACUGGUGGAGCCCCUCUCAGCAUGUCUGAAGUUCUUAAAGACAUCAAUAAGGGAGAACAAGUAACCGCGGGUUUGAGGAAGGUGACUGACGACAUGAAGACAAAGAACCGUGCUGACAGGAGUGGUGCAGUUCCAGCUGGUUCUGCACCUAGUGAGAAAAUUACUGAUGCUUCUACUGCAGCUUCGCCCAAGAUAGGCACCCCAAAAUGCGAACUUGAUGGUCGCAAGUGGGUAGUUGAAUAUCAAGUUGGUAACAGAAACAUCAUUCUGGAUAGUUGCAAGCCAAAUGAAUCCAUUUAUAUUUUUGGCUGCAAGGAUUCAGUUAUACAGGUUCAAGGAAAAGUGAAUGCUAUCGCCUUCGACAAGUGUAUCAAGUCUGCACUUGUUUUCACUGACGUUGUGGCAGCUUGUGAGAUUGUGAAUUGCACUAGCGUGGAGGUGCAAUGCAUGGGCACUGCACCAACAAUUUCCAUUGACAACACCAAUGGAUGUCAGCUCUAUCUGGGGUUGAAGUCUCUAGAUGCUGCCAUCACCACUGCCAAGUCAAGUGCUGUCAACGUGCUUGUACCGGGCGCUACUGAGGAUUCUGAUCCUGUGGAGCAUGCAUUGCCGGAGCAGUUUCUCAACUCUUUCAAAGACGGGCAGUUCACGACCACCCCUGUUUCACACUCUGGUGGUUAAAAUAUAUGCAGAAUUGCUACCUUUCAACAGCUUACAAUUUUCAAAAUCAAGAUAACUUCAAUCUACCAAGCGAGGACAUGUCCAUCGCAACCAUUAUCUACUGUGAUAACUAUUUGUAGUUUUCUGCUUCAAGAUAGAUUUGGAUAGUUGCACUUGAUUUCUCGAAGUUUCGUCGCUCUUAUCCGGUCUUCCAGUGGACCGACAGGUACAUUUCGUCGCAUGGCUUCCAUUUCCUUCUCAGCUUUUCUGGCCAUGAUCUGAUCAUCAUAUGAUACUAAUUGUGUGAAGUACCCUUUUUUGGGUUCAAUUUUAUUUUUAUUUUUAUUCAAAUAGAAUGUUUUCUUUA